UCACUGAAAUGUCAUAGGUCACGUGAUUCGAUGUUUGUAGUUUUUUUUCCAUCGUAUGUCUGAAGCGGCGUUACGAUCAAUUUGUAAAAUGGAUUCAUACUAUGCAGAGCAAACUUCAACGUAAAAAGCACAUUCCUGCUCUUCAACAUCAAGCUCCCCUGCAGAGAGGAUGUUCCCCAGCCUGGCCCACAGACCAUGGCAUGUCUUCUGCAGAGUGUCCCUGCAGCGCAGGUCCUCGCUGUCCCAGUGGUCUUAUAGGUUUCUCCGAGGUUGGCAGAUUGGAGGCACACACAGCUUAUGGCUCAGCCUUCCUGACUCCCGUGUGGCCUCUUUGGGGCUUACAUCGGUGCAUUACUACUCUACCUCUGGUGAUAGUAAAGAUGGUCCUCCAAAAUCAAAAUCAACUGUUUCCCCUUCAGCAGAGAGAGUGGCGACUGGUGCUGCAAAAGUCCCCACAAAUUUAUCAGAUAAAGCACUUCAAGGACUGACGAAAGCUGAGGCAAUUCAAGUCAAAGUUCGAGCUGUCCUCAAAAAAAGGGAGUAUGGAGCCAAGUACACUAAGAACAACUUUAUCACUGCUGUCAGAGCGAUGAAUGAGUUCUGUCUCAAACCAAGUGAUCUGGAGCAGCUCCGGAAGAUCAGAAGGCGCAGCCCCCAUGACGACACAGAGGCUUUCACUGUGUUUUUGCGGUCAGACGUGGAGGCCAAAGCACUAGAUGUGUGGGGAAGCAAUGAAGCUCUAGACCGAGAGAGGAAUCUCAGGAAAGAAGUGGAGAGAGAGUACCAAGAGAAUAUUUUUCGUAACCAGCAGCUGUUAAAGGAAUACAAAGACUUUUGGGGAAACACUAAGCCCCGAUCCGGCAAGAGGGCGACAUUUCUGCAAGGUCCAGGGAAGGUGGUAAUGGUGGCCAUCUGCAUCAAUGGCUUGAACUUCUUCUUUAAGCUUCUGGCCUGGGUCUACACCGGAUCAGCCAGUAUGUUCUCCGAGGCCAUCCACUCUCUGGCCGACACCUGCAACCAGGCUCUGCUCGCCCUGGGAAUCAGUCAGUCUGUCCGAAACCCAGACGCCAUUCACCCGUACGGCUUUUCAAACAUGCGCUACAUCGCCUCCCUCAUCAGUGGCGUGGGUAUUUUUAUGAUGGGAGCAGGUCUCUCUUGGUACCAUGGCAUUAUGGGAUUACUACACCCAGAACCAAUUGAGUCUUUGCUCUGGGCUUACUGUAUUUUAGCGGGCUCUCUGGUGUCUGAAGGAGCCACCUUAUUAGUUGCAAUUAAUGAGAUAAAGAAGAGUGCCCACAAGCAUGGGGUGUCUUUUUAUGAAUAUGUCAUGCAGAGUCGAGACCCCAGCACCAACGUGGUGCUGUUGGAAGAUGCUGCUGCCGUGUUGGGGGUCAUCAUCGCUUCUGGCUGUAUGGGACUUACCUCACUCACAGGUAACCCGUACUAUGACAGUCUGGGCUCUCUCGGCGUGGGAACGUUGUUGGGCACCGUCUCGGCGUUCCUGAUCUACACCAACACUGAGGCCCUGCUGGGCCGCUCCAUACAGCCGGAGCAAGUCCAGAAGCUCACAGAGUUCCUGGAGAACGACCCGGCUGUGAGAGCCAUCCAUGAUGUGAAGGCCACAGAUAUGGGACUGAGUAAAGUGCGCUUCAAGGCUGAAGUUGACUUCGAUGGCCGAGUGGUGACACGGUCUUAUCUGGAGAAACAAGACAUUGACCAAAUCCUUAACGACAUUCAGCAGGUGAAAACACCUGAAGAGUUGGAGAACUUCAUGCUGAAACAUGGCGAGAACAUCAUUGACACUUUAGGGGCUGAGGUGGAUCGCCUGGAGAAGGAGCUGAAGCAACGUAACCCAGAGGUUCGCCACGUAGACUUGGAGAUACUAUAGUGACUGCUGGAGAAACGUCCCGCUGCACAAAGAACUUUAGCAGAAGGAAUAGAGAAAGCCAAGCCCACCUCCCACUCUGACCAUCUCCACCACAGAUAAACCUGAAGUCUUACACCUGUUCACUCCCCAGGGCAUAAACACAGCAUGUUUGAACAGUAACUGCUGGAGAUGCUCAGUUCGUCAGCAGAGAGCAAGACUGUCAAACAUCUUAUUGAAUCUAAACAGAAGUCCUUCCAACAAGCCACUGUUUGCUUUGGCUUACAUUCCUCUGUGUUUGUGUCUGGAUUUUAACAAGGUCAAAACUCGAAACAGGACCAGUGUCAAUUACUACUAUUGUGCGUUAAUCUUGCGUGUGAACCACAGUGAUAGUGUUUCCUUCACAAGCGCAAAGGAAACUCGAGCUCUACGUAUUUAAACAGAAAAUAUUUAAAGGCUAGUCAAUGUUUUUUUUCUUUUAAUUUGAAGCCUUUUUGAAAAUGGCUCAUUAACCUGUUGCAGGUUAAUGAGAAUGACAAGAAAAUUUAAUGCUUGAAGAAAAAAAAUCUGAUUAAAUGGGCGUAAAGUUUCUCAUUUGAUUUCUAGAGGGAGUGAAAAAUGAACCAGAAAGACCAAAAAAGUUUGCAGUAAUUUAUCAUCUUUGUGAUAUUUUAUUGAAAAAAGAAGACGGGUAGAGAUGAAAAUGUAAAGAUUACAGUUUGAUCCCCAGAAAUUAUUACAUAGGUUUCCUUUUUGUUUUAAACUGAUCAGCAGGUGAAUGUAUUGCUUCAAAGAUGAAACCCUAAGAGGGGGUGGAAUUAUUUUGUCCCUUUCUUGUCUUUUUCAACAAAAAGCACAAAAACGCUUCAUCUUUUCCAGAUUUCAUCAAAAGCAAACCUCCCAACAGGUUUCCUGACAACAGUUCAUUUCUGUUUCUACAGUGAAUUAUCGAAAAAUCAAUCCCCAUUUUAGUAUUUCUGCUGAUUAUUCUUAAAAAAGAAAACAAUUCAGCAUAAAUGCGCAUUUUGUUUUUCUUUUUUAAAUUCUUUGUCAGCACACAGUUGCACCUGCAGCUCAGAAACACCUGCCACAAGCUUCUUCUCUGCUUCAGGAGGUGGGCCGUUCAUGUAGAUGUGGUCGUAUGGCUCUGUUCAUGGACGAUGGGUUUAUAUAUAUUUUUUUGAAGGUGUCAAUAGUUAGAUAUUUUACUGAUAUUGCCACUGCUGAAGGACUUAGAAUAAAUUUGAAAUAAUUUAUUGAA